GUUGCUUGACAAUAAGCUCAGCAUUAUCCAUAACUCAAUGGCAUCCUCAGGUCAGCAAUUGAAUCGGAAGCACCACCAGCUUCAUGAAGAUGCGGCUCACUCUUCAGGGAAGGUGUGAGGUGUACGUCACCCACGCUCGUGGUCUGUGUAAUACGGAAGAGAGGAUGAGAGACAUUCCACGUCAUUGAGGUGCACUUGUGCGAUAAAUAUAUAUAUAUUUAAUAGUUUUGCUAUUUCCGUAAGAUUUGCAUGCGUUUGCACACCAUGGUUAAGUUAAUAUUGAAUCAUUAGAGAUUUAAUUAUAUUCAGACCAGCUUCGUCUUUCACUGAAAGGAGCGGCCUGGGCAUUGAAAUUCAGCUGAAGAGUGACUGACUGCUGCUUAACCUUGAUGGGCGAAUCAGGGUCGUGCCGCUCCACGCUAGUCUCCAGGCUGCCCAUCUUCAGGAGGAGCUUGAGUAAGAGGCAGGACUCGUUGCCCUCCUCCCCGUCCUCAGGCGGCGUGGGCAAUGGCGUCCACACCUCGUCCCCCUCCAGCACCAACUCUAGCAACAGCAGCACGGGCAAACGUCGCAGCCUGUUCCGCACGCCCUCCAUCCGCUUCAGCAGCAAGAGGAACAGCGAACCACCACGCAUCCAGACCCCUCCGCUAGAUCCAGCCCAGGACUCCAACGGCAGCCAGGCCAACCCUCAGAUUGGCUUUCACGAUGGCGCUGGGCCUCCACGGGCCAAGACGCGGCACUCAUUUGGCUUCGGGGGCCACCGGCAGAAGAAGAUCACCCGCUCGCAGACGGAGGACUUUGAAAAGGUGUCUUCCACGGCCAAUAGGAAUGUGUUCAUCAAAUGCAUCAGCUCAGCUACCAAUGAGGGAGACGACUCUGGGUUUCUGGAAGACUACAGCGGCGGCAGCAAACGGUCAUCCAGGCAGAAGAAACAGCUGCUGCCCAAGUCAUUCUCUGCCCACCACCGCUUCUCCAAGAACUCUGAGCAGUGCAAGCCCCCAGAGGUGAGCAUAGAGCCCCAAGCGUCCGGGGGUACCCUGGGCUCGUGGCCAGGCGAGCUGCUGGGGGAGAGCUCUCUGCAGUCGCCCAUGCUGUCUGAGGACCACACCACAGCCCUCACACCCUCUGAGUUUAAUGUCCCCAUCACAGAAGACACUGUGUCCGAGGUGGAUGCGCUACCCGCACCCAGCCCAGCCGACCCGCCAGACAGCAACUUCAGCCAUGUCGUCUCUACAUCCCAAGUGUUCUUCACGCCUGCCCAAGCUGCCACAAACAAGCACCUCCUGCCAGACACCAGCACAGCCAACACUACGGAGUGUGAGACUGCAAUUCCUGUCACAGGGCCAGCAACAGCUGCAACAACACCAAUGCCACCGCAACAACAACAAUCACGGGAAUAUAAGGACGAGGGGGAAGAGGAGAAGGAGGAUGUGCCGGUGGUGGAGGAAGAGGUGAGACCAGAGCAGACGGAGACUAGUGAGAGCGAGGCUGGCCCAGUGCGUAGUAAAGGCUACCAUUCCAAUCCAGAGCAGUCUGAGAGGAGGUCCAGGAACUCUGUACUCAUCCAGGAACCAGGGAAGGGAGCAUGCUGCGGUAGACAUGAACUCAGAUCAUGCCACCUGAGGAAACCCCACACAGUGUCCAUGUGCAGCAGUGGCGCCAGUCCCUACCAUGAAGUGAUACGCAUGGAGCGCCGGCUCCGCUCCUCCUCGGAAGGGGCUGGGGUGCCGCGGCGGCUCCACCUCAACCUCAAAGAGCCCCACAGCGCCACCGAGGGUAACGUCCUGCUCAGAAAGAGGAACAACUCAUCCUCCUCCAAGCUGGGCAGCCUGGACCUACUGAACAACCUGGGUUCCUCUGAGCUGGAUGAGGAUGACCUGAUGUUGGACCUGGAGCUCUCUGAUGACCAACGCCAGCGUCACGUAUUCCGAGAGGACUCCAGUCAGUCCCUGUCCUCCUGCCUGAGCCUGCUGCACUCCCGCUUUGAGCCCUCUGGAGAUGGGAUUCCUGGCAGGGAGCCCUCUGGAGACGGGAUCCUCGGCAGGGAGCCCUUUGGAGACGGGAUUCCUGGCAGGGAGCCCUCUGGAAACAGGAUCCUCGGCAGGGAGCCCUCUGGAGACGGGAUCCCUAGCAGGGAGCCCAGAGGCGCCACCGCCCACAGGGAGCCGAGCCGGCCCACUACCCUGCUGCCUGCUGACUGGUGCCUGGGCCGGGAGGACGAGGCCCCGGGGCUAGAGGCACUGCCCCUUAGGCUGAUGCAGCAAGACUGCACCUCCGUCAAGACCCUGCUGCUGCGCCUCCGGAGGACCCUGCAGGAGAGCACUGACACAAGCCCUGCAAGCAUCCUUCAUUCUCUCCCCAUCAGCCCUUGUAGUGAGAAGUCACUGCCCCUCAAGGAGCCGGGGAGGGAAGAGGCUCUGGUGCUGCAGCUGAGGGAGAAGGACGAGCUGAUCCUCCAACUGCAGGCUGAACUGGAGAGUGCCAAAGCUGCCCUGAAACCCAUCUGCCAAAAAGCUGACAGAACCACGCAGACAGACCGCCCUGGAUUAGAGACCAUCCAUCCCAGCCGGGCAACAAGCCAAAACAGUACCAGCACAAGAGACAGAAGGCCGGCUCGGUCUCUCAUCGAGGACCAAUACAGCCGUAUGGCGGCAGAACACUCCACUUCCAGCAAUGAGAGCCACUGCCCAGCCCCAGCCCUGUCGUCCAGUGGCCCCGGGGGAGGCAGGGACCAUGCAGGACCCCCGAGGAGACCAGAAGGGGCUCUGAUCUCAUCAGAGGUAGGGGCUCUCAGGAGAAUCGACUACCCAGCCAGCCAGAUCCCCCGGGCGGUGGGGGUGGGGGCUGCGGUGUGGGGCAGCAGCUCCAGCCUCCAGAGCCGAGGCAGUCCCUGCCGCAGCAGCCUCUCCUCAGACAGUGAGAGAGCCCCGGUACCUAUCCCUUGCCAGCCUUCUCUCUCCACCUCAUCUUCCUCUUCCUCCUUCACGGGCCGCCUGGGCCAGCCUCCCAGAGGCCCCCUUUCCCUGCACAUGUACAGCCGCAAGAACGUCUUCCUGCAGCACUCACUUCACACUGCCGAACUGCAGGCCCUGGCCCAACACGACGGCUAAGGCACUGGGGUCGUGCGCACACACACACACACACACACACACACACGUACACAACCACUCAGACGUAAACACACACAUACACACACCUUUCACUUUCCCCAUAUCCCCUAAAACAUAUAAUAUAAUGGACACAUCACCAUCUGAAUCAUGGAAGUGAAAGUCAUCUCCGGAAUUCACCUAACAACCAGUGUCCUCAACCCUCAACUUCCAAUCAACUUGACUUUAGCUCAAAUCCUACCCAUUUCUUACAUUUCAUUCAUCUCUACCCUAGCUGUCUGUCCUUCCCAUCCCUGAGCAGAGUAUGCUGUAACAGACACUAUCCUGUACCCACCGUCUCGAUCACAGUUACACGAUCAUCCAAGCAUACCUCUAGACUCACAGAACCUCGGAAGGUACAUGUCUGUGUGGUACUGUGCAUUUGACCACUUUGACAUAUUAAAAGGUUGAUAGAUGUGCUCACUUGAACACACACACCAGUCUGCCCGCCAGUCAGUCUGCCAGUCUGCCCGCCAGCCAGUCUGCCAGUCAGUCAGCCAGUGUUCACAUGGCACUCAUCAGUCUAACACCUUAGAUCAGCACUAAAUGAUGAGCGUUGGCUGACAGCUGCUUAUGCCCACACACACACUGCUAUUACACCCUAACAUGGAGACUCCACUCCCCUCUCAGCUCUAACACUACAGGGAAUUAACUCAUGUGAACGUUACAGUUUUGUCAGCUUAGCUGAACAUGGCCAAUCCAUGCUGCUCAUUGCACUGACAAUGUGACUGACAUCCUUCUCAUAUUUGCCAAAUCCUGUCAAAGAUCCCAACUCUGAUUUCUGACACAGACAGUCAGUCCCAUUUAAGGGAGUUUCAUUCAUUAACCUUUUAAUAAUUGCAUGCUUUUUAAGAUUAUGUACACAUUUAAGUGGGGGGGGGGGGGGGCUUUUGUACAGUGAAAGUGGGUGUCUUUAAUAAGAACCGAUGUCUGUCUACACCUGACACUUUUAUAUGUUAUCAUAAACUGGGACGAUUCACCAGGGAAGGUACUCAUAAAGCAUCUGAGUGCUGAUCUAAGAUCAGUUUUGUCUUUUAGAUAAAUAAUGAAUUAGAUUAUGUUUUAUAGGAGCUACCUGAUCCUAGAUCAGCACUCCUGCUCUUAUAGGCUGUAUAAUGUCUCGUGUGAGAAUAGAACCCUAUCCUUGAACUGUCAUUUAUUUAAGGCAAUAGGUCUUGUUCAAGGCAUAGCGUUUCAUAUUCGGAGAACACCCAUUGUGAUAACAAUGUUGAUGGUACAUGAGAAUGCACAUCUUUGAACUGUAAGAUGGGUUUACAAAAAAAUGGUCAUGAGCUGUAAUGAUAAUUAGACACGCAAUGAUUUUUGUAACAAUGUACAUGACUGCCAUGCAACUGGACUCAACGCUACAGUACAUAGUGGUGUACAGUAUAGAGGCUGCUGGGAGACCGUGUCUGGUGUCUGUUCUCUUUGGAAACAACAGAAAGUGGUCUAGUUGGAGUCCAGUCUAGUUGGAGCAGAAGCAAGGACUCAUCAAGGUGAAGGACAUCUUGAAGAAAUGCAGCUUUACUCUCCCCCGGUCCAUCUCCUCUCCCUCAGGAUUACUGCUCCACUUUCUCUCUCCCUCUACCCCUCUCUCCUCUUUCUCUCUACCUCUCUCUCCUCUCUCCUCUUUCUCUCUACCUCUACCCCUCUCU